AGAGCCCUUGGGGGGUCCCCAGCCCCUCCUCUACCCGCCCCCCUCCUUGGGGCCUUGACCCGGGAGUCUCUGUUGGCCAUCAUCUUUCCCCUCCUUCCUUCAUUCUCUAUUUAUAGCGGCCCCCAGCAUUUCUUGCCCCCCCAACCCCCUGCUUGUUGUCCAACUUCUCACGGAGCAGCCGGAGAGCAAGCGGCGGGACUCGACUGAGGAGGCCACCAUGGCAGAACUUCAGGAGGUGCAGAUCACUGAAGAGAAGCCUCUGUUGCCAGGACAAACGCCGGAGACUGCCAAGGAGGCCGAGUUAGCUGCCCGCAUCCUCCUGGACCAGGGACAGACUCACUCUGUGGAGACACCUUAUGGCUCCGUCACUUUUACUGUGUAUGGCACCCCCAAACCCAAACGCCCAGCGAUAUUCACCUACCAUGAUGUAGGCCUCAAUUAUAAAUCUUGCUUCCAGCCACUGUUUCAGUUUGGGGAUAUGCAAGAAAUCAUACAGAACUUCGUGCGGGUUCAUGUGGAUGCCCCUGGAAUGGAAGAAGGGGCGCCUGUGUUUCCUCUGGGGUACCAGUACCCGUCUCUGGACCAGCUUGCAGACAUGAUUCCUUGCAUCCUGCAGUACUUAAAUUUCUCUACAAUAAUUGGAGUUGGUGUUGGAGCUGGAGCCUACAUUCUGUCACGAUAUGCUCUGAACCACCCGGACACAGUUGAAGGUCUUGUUCUCAUCAACAUUGAUCCCAAUGCCAAGGGCUGGAUGGAUUGGGCAGCCCACAAGUUGACGGGCCUUACGUCUUCCAUUCCGGAGAUGAUUCUUGGACAUCUUUUCAGCCAGGAAGAGCUUUCUGGAAAUUCUGAAUUGAUACAAAAGUAUAGAGGUCUCAUCACACACGCGCCCAACCUGGAGAACAUUGAACUGUACUGGAACAGCUACAACAACCGCCGAGACCUGAACUUUGAACGAGGCGGUGAGAUGACCCUCAAGUGCCCUGUGAUGCUGGUGGUUGGAGACCAAGCACCUCAUGAAGAUGCCGUGGUGGAAUGUAACUCAAAACUGGACCCCACGCAGACCUCGUUCCUCAAGAUGGCCGACUCUGGAGGUCAGCCGCAGCUGACUCAGCCGGGCAAGCUGACAGAGGCUUUCAAGUACUUCCUCCAAGGCAUGGGUUACAUGGCCUCAUCCUGCAUGACUCGCCUAUCUCGGUCUCGCACAGCGUCUCUGACCAGUGCAGCAUCCAUUGACGGCAGUCGGUCCCGAUCCCGCACCCUGUCGCAGAGUAGCGAAUCUGGGACUCUCCCUUCUGGACCCCCAGGGCACACCAUGGAAGUCUCCUGUUGAAUGACACUCAUUGCCUUGGUGGGGAACCCAGCCCUCGCCUCCUGCAAAACUAACUUCAGAGGUGUUAUUAUCAGGGCAUUGGGCCAGAGUAAGCAAGGCAAAUGGACAGAUUGUGCAGGGAGAUGACCUUGAUCUUUAAUUGCUACCCUAACCUUGACCUUUAACCUGUGAUAUCCUCUAGCUCCUAGGUGAGGUGACCUAAUAUCUCUUAGAGAUCCAGGCCCCCUAAAUUAUCCCCUCUCCCAUUUUGGUGUUGAGAAGGCUUGUAUGUUCUCUCCCUGAUCUAGGAUGAGGAACAGUAAGCUGCUCUAGCUGACACGGGGCCUCCAUCACCCCCCCCCCCUUAGCCCACAUUUGCAAGGGUAGGAGAGAGAGGGAGUGUGUGUGUGUGUGUGUGUGUGUGUGUGUGUGUGUGUGUAGGGUUGGUGGUGAGAGAUGGGGAGCUCCUUCCCCAAAGCUGAGAGUGGCUUUGCCUUGAUGUGUCAAGGCCUCUCUGAAGGCAAUGUCCUAAAUGAAUGUUUAUCAGGGGAAGGUUUGCUGGUGGGUCAGUGAUCCUUAAUGUGAUAGAAAUAUCCAGCAUGUAAAAAGAAAGUCAGAAUGGGAGAUGGUGCCCAGUGAAGAACAGUAGUAAACACGUUGGGGCUGGGGCAGUAGGGAGGGGCCUGGGUCCUUUGGCCGCACUAACUUUGAUAGCUGUCAGUGUGCACCUAAAGUGGGACUAGGGGAAAGAGCUUAGGUCUGACUGCUUGGGGCUUGGCAUCAGGGUGGGAAGGGCUACCUCAGGCUCUGACCAUACUGUUACGUGUAGAGCGUGACCUCCUGUCUCACACAACGUCUGCUGUGACAAUAAACUAUAGAGGAAACUGAA